UAUCUCUUUUUUUUUUUAAGAGAGAGAGAGAAUUUAAAAAUAGAAGGAUUUGAUUGCGACGAGCUUCCAUUAAAUUUCUUCCAAUAUCAGCUCCGAGUUGCCUCAUUUAGGAUACCCAUCCAAUUCUCCUCCAUUAAUGCUUCGUUUUUGGCCCUAAUAUCUCUCUCUGUUUUUCUUUUCUUUUUUUGGUUCUUUUUUCCUUCUGGGCGAAAGAGGGAAGAAUUCGCCAUGGGGUUCGAAUUUGGGGCGCACUUGGUUCGAUUGGGGAUUCUAAAGGCCACGUCGGAUCACGCCUCCAUUGUCUCCAUCAAUCUCUUUGUUGCGUUGCUCUGUGCUUGUAUUGUGAUUGGGCACUUGCUUGAGGAGAAUCGAUGGAUGAACGAAUCCAUCACUGCCCUCGCCAUUGGGUUGCUCACUGGCGCUUUGAUUUUGCUUACCACCAACGGGAAGAAAUCUCAUGUUUUGAUGUUCAGCGAGGAUCUAUUCUUUAUUUACCUGCUGCCACCAAUUAUAUUCAACGCUGGGUUUCAAGUGAAAAAGAAACAGUUCUUCCGCAAUUUUAUGACGAUUGUGCUCUUUGGUGCAGUUGGAACCCUUAUCUCAUUCUUCAUUAUUUCUUUUGGUGCAAUGGGAUUAUUUAGGAAUAUGGAUAUAGGUCUGGAGAUUGGAGAUUUUCUUGCACUUGGGGCUAUCUUUUCUGCAACAGACUCUGUUUGCACCUUGCAGGUUCUUAAUCAGGAUGAGACGCCUUUGCUAUAUAGCUUGGUUUUUGGUGAGGGUGUCGUAAAUGAUGCCACAUCUGUGGUGCUUUUUAACGCAAUACAGAAUUUUGAUCUCGAGCACAUUGAUGUUCUCAUAGCACUGAAGUUCUUAGGGAACUUCUUUUAUUUAUUUGCAUCCAGCACCUUCUUGGGAGCAUUCGCUGGAUUACUUAGUGCCUACAUCAUCAAAAAAUUGUAUUUUGGCAGACAUUCUACUGAUCGUGAAGUUGCACUCAUGAUGCUUAUGGCUUACCUUUCAUAUACAAUAGCUGAGUUAUUAGAUCUAAGUGGUAUUCUGACAAUGUUCUUUUGUGGGAUAGUAAUGUCUCACUAUACCUGGCACAAUGUGACAGAGAGUUCAAGAAUUACCACCAAGCAUGCUUUUGCAACUUUGUCUUUUAUUGCUGAGAUCUUCCUCUUCCUGUAUGUUGGCAUGGAUGCAUUAGACAUUGAGAAGUGGAAAUUUGUCAAGGAUACUCCUGCUAAAUCAAUAGGUGUCAGCUCGAUUCUGCUAGGUUUGGUUUUAGUUGGCAGAGCUGCUUUUGUCUUCCCACUUUCUUUCUUGUCCAACUUCACUAAGAAGUAUUCGGGUGAAAAGAUCACCUUCAAGCAGCAAUUUACAAUAUGGUGGGCUGGUCUGAUGAGAGGCGCUGUAUCAAUUGCACUUGCUUAUAAUAAGUUUACAAGAUCUGGUCACACACAACUAGUGGCCAAUGCAAUCAUGAUCACCAGUACCAUAACAGUUGUACUCUUCAGCACGAUGGUGUUCGGAAUGCUGACAAAGCCUUUGAUAAGGCUGCUUCUACCUCCGGGUCAAAAGGGCAUCACUGAGAGUUUUACAUCAGAAUUCUCAGCCCCGCUCCUUGAGAACGUACCGGGAUUUGAAGCUGAAGGAGGAGGACAGAACCGUAAUUUAUUCCGUCCUUCAAGCAUCCGAAUGCUCCUCAGUAAACCAACUCACACUGUUCAUUACUACUGGCGGAAGUUCGAUGAUGCCUGCAUGCGUCCAGUAUUUGGAGGAAGAGGGUCUGUUCCUUUUGUUCCUGGAUCACCAACAGAACACAGUUUUCAUGGAUGA